AGCAAGAUGGCGGACAAACCCGAGCGUUAUUGUAUUUGUAGAAAACCUUACGACAGUUCACAGUUCAUGAUUGCUUGUGACUCUUGUGGGGAAUGGUUUCAUGGAAGUUGUGUGGGAAUACAGGAGCAUCAAGCUUCAGACAUUGAACGAUACCAUUGUCCAAAUUGUAGUUCAGUUCAUGGUCCUCUAACCUUAAAGAAAAGAAGGAAUUGGCACAGACAUGAUUACAGUGAAAUUGAUGAUGGAUCAAAGGCAGUCCAGACAGGGACAGUUUUAUUUAUUAACAACCUCAAAAAUAAAAAGUUUGCAAGUUCAAAAGACGUUCUUGUGAAAGCUCAAGGCAAAGACUUAACUCUUGAAUAUUUUGAGAAAAAUGGGUUUUCAAAGCCAGUUUGUGUUGAUAAGAAAGAUGGUCUUGGCCUUGUGGUUCCAUCUGAAGAUUUUAGCAUUAUGGAUGUAGAAAAACAUAUUGGCUCAAUGAAGGAGCUGGAUGUUAUUGAUGUCAACAAACAGGAGGAUAUCAAGAUGGUUAUGAGAGAAUGGACAGAAUAUUACAUGAAUCCAAUCAAGAAGAAGACAUUGAAUGUCAUAAGCCUUGAAUUCUCCAAGACUGGUUUGUCCCCAUUGGUUCAGAUCCCAACUGUUGUUCGAGACAUGGACUGGGUGAACCACGCAUGGCCUACAGACUUACCAGAAGACAGCCCACAUAAGAGGCCCUAUGUCCAAAAAUACUGUUUGAUGAGUGUCAAGAAUUGUUACACAGACUUCCAUGUGGAUUUUGGUGGCACAUCAGUUUGGUAUCAUGUCUUGAGGGGUGAAAAGGUGUUCUACUUCGUGGAACCAACUCCAACCAACCUUGAGCAGUACCACAAGUGGGUAAUAUCACCCAGCCAGAGUGAGGUAUUCUUUGGUAAUAUGGUCAAUAAAUGUUAUAAAGUGAACAUCAAGCAGGGCCAAACACUCUUCAUUCCUACAGGCUGGAUCCAUGGUGUUUUCACUCCAACUGAUUCAUUGGUGUUUGGUGGCAACUUUCUUCAUUCAUUCAACAUUGGACUCCAACUGGAAAUUUAUGACUUAGAAAUAAAGCUGAAAACACCAACCAAAUUCCAGCAUCCAUUUUAUGAAACUGUAAACUGGUAUGCAGCAAUCUACUUGCUGGACAAGUUAAAAGGAUUUCUUGAGAAUGGAAACAAAGUUCCCCAGUAUAUUACAAAAGGAUUACGAGCUCUAGCUGACAAACUCAAGGAAUGGAGUACUAAAGGAGAGGAGUUUGUAAAAUAUCACAAGUUUUUUAUUCCUGAUGGAGUUCAACCAGGAAAACUUAUUAGAUCUCUGAAUAAAGAGUUGAAAAAAGCAGAGAAAUCUAAGACUUCAAGACCAUCCACUCCAAAAUUUGAUGAAUUACCAAAGACUACAGUGAAGCUAACCCCUUCUGUCACAAUAGAUGCAAGCAACAGAAUUACAAUAAAAAAUUUGGCUCUCGACACUCAAGGUCCUUCAAAAAGAACAUUAAAGAAAGAUCAAAAUUCAAAUGAAGAAAAAGGAUAUUCUUGCCAAGUUGAUGAAUCAAAGCCAAUUAUAAGAAUAGCAAAUCCUGGUGGCUUCCAGGGGGAUUCCCUGGACACUCAAGAGGAUUCCUGUACAGAGUAUCAGGGGGAUUCCCUUUCUAAGAGUAUGCCUUCACUUAAAUUAAAAAUCCCUAGAAGACAAGAAAGCUUGGAGAAAUUAGAGCCUAGCUACAGCACAUCUGUAGAUUCGAGCUUAAAACUAGUUGUAUCAAAUGGAAAAAUAGUAAGAAGCAAUCGUUCUUCAGUGGAAAUGAGCAACAGCAGUAGACAGUUUCAACCCUUAGCAGGUGACAGUAUGGAUACUGAGGGUCAAUACUCUUGUACGACAACAAAUAAACAGCCACUGAAGCUCAAACUAUCAAUGAGCUCAGCUGGUUUCACUGCACAAGACAACCAAAUCCUGCCCAAUGACAGCGACUUAGAUUUCUCUGAUGAUGAGCUUGGCUUUAGUUUGGGUGGAACACCCCAAUUUAUGAACACAUCUGCUAGUAUAGAAACAACACAGGGGCUUCAGAGUACAAGCACAGAAGCACGAUUACAGCCCGUAGCUCAAAUGGAAUCCAAGGACAGGGAUUUAAAGGCCGAGAUAGAAGCAGCCAAGACUCUUCUGUUUGGCUUCAGUAGUUUCAAAGAUUCAAAGAUUCAAUCGCACAUAAUCCAAUCGAUACACACCCAACAAACAAAGCAGCCCCUCAUACAAUACGAAGCACACAGAAAACAAAACUGAACUCCAAAAGACCGUAUAGUGACAGUGAAGAAGAAGGCAGUGGAGAAGAUUUGGGAUUCGGGGACUCGGACUAUUUCAAAGAUAAAAAAUUUGCCUACCCUCCACUUUCUGAAAUGGUAGAUGAAGAGAAAAGUAAUUGGAAACCGGGAAUGAAAAAGAAGAAAAGUGAAAGAGUGGAUGCAACAUGGAAUCCAAAAAGUAAGGUUGACAAGUCUCCUAGUAAAGAGGUGCGUCCUCAGCGUGUGUCCGUGAGACUGAGUACCAGCUUAGACCGAGCACCUUCACUAUUAAAUGCACCUCUACCAAGCGACAAUGAAAAG